AAGGGUUCAGUCAUAACGGAAGAGAGUUAUCCGGAAUUUGCCCACACGCCGCCGCCAUAUUGAAAACAUUUUGCAAUAUAUUUCUCUAUGGCCCAUAAAACUGGUGAAUUCAUGUACUAAAUAGCUAUACAAACUAUCCAGACUUCAACACAGAAAUGGGACGAAAGAAGAAGAAGCAAGCGAAACCAUGGUGCUGGUAUUGCAACAGAGAAUUUGAUGAUGAGAAAAUCUUGAUACAACAUCAAAAAGCGAAACAUUUCAAAUGUCAUAUAUGCCACAAAAAGCUCUACACUGGCCCUGGACUAGCCAUUCAUUGUAUGCAGGUACACAAAGAAAAGGUUGAAAAAGUUCCAAAUUCCCUUCCACACAGAUGUGACACAGAGAUUGAGAUAUAUGGCAUGGAAGGGAUUCCAGAGGCAGAUGUCAAAAGUCAUGAACAACAGAAAAAAGGCAAAGGAGAUAGUGGAGAACCAAGCAACAAGAUGGCCAGAUUAGAUGACAGUGAUGAGGAAGAUAACUCUGGCCCUCGACCCCCUAUGGGAGGACCCCCAGGCUUUCCAGGUGGACCCCCAAUGAUGGGACCAGGGGGUAUGCCUCCCAGGGGCCCAAUGGGUAUGGGUCCAAUGGGACCAGGCCCUAUGGGUAUGAUGGGACCUAUGGGAGGCCCUAUGGGUGGUCCAAUGGGCCGAAUGGGACCUAUGGGCCCAAUGGGUCCAAUGGGACCUAUGCCUCCGAUGGGUCCAAUGGGAAUGAUGGGUCCAGGAGGCCCAAUGGGAGGUCCAAUGCCACCCCGCCCACCCUUUGGAGCCCCACCAAAUGCCCCUGCCCCACCCAAGUCCUCAGCCCCUUCAAGUACCUCCUCUCAGGUGAAACCACUCUUCCCUUCUGCUGGACAGUCUCAUGUAUCCCACAGUUCAAGCAUGGUUGGCCCAGACUUCAAGCCAACAGGUGGAGGCACAGGUCCAGUGAAGCCAACAUUCCCAGCUUACUCUGCACCCCCAGGCCCCACCCCUAGCAAUACAGGACCCAAAGCAUCACCCCCCUCAGCUACUAUCACCGCACCCUCCACAGUAAAGAAACCAGAGUCAUCUAGCUCUGGGAAUACAUCACGAUUGAUGCAUCCAGAUGAAGAUAUAUCACUGGAGGAGAGAAGAGCGUCAAGACCAAAAUACAAUAGAAGUAAUUAUAUGAAAUCAGGCAGCAAUGGUUCUAUGAGAUCUGGAAUGAUGUCUGGAGGUAUGAAUGGUCCACCAAUGGGAAACUACAACAACAUGGGCAACCAACAAGGCAACAUGAUGGGAAGACCGCCAUCUUUAAUGUCCGGUCCAACACGGUACUGAUUUUCUUCACCAGAUGGAUUUUCUUCACCAGAUGGUGCAACUUCCUGACAAUUCACUUCGAGAUGACCACUUUGGCACGGCUGAUUCAGAGGUGCACAUUUUGGUGCUUAAAUUCUUGAAUUUUCCUGAAAUUAACAUAUUCUAUAAUAAAAAGUGAAAACCUGCAAGCUAGACCAUAUGCUCAAGAACUGUACCACUCUAUCAUAUUUGUUUCUCGUUUCUAUGAGCAUUGGACGCAUGAUCAACAUUUUGAAGUAAGUCAUUGUUUUAGGUGAUUUUAAUGACACAAUUUUUACCAUAUAAGGAGUUCCAAGAUUAGAGAGGUAUGACUACAAUUUAAGUCUGAACUCUGAACACUGAUAUCCCAUAUAUGGAAUAUUUCAGGCUUUGUGCGUCUCAAAGGUAUGGACUUUAACUGAGUAAAAGUGCAUGAUAUUUGAAACUUAUUUUUAGAUUUUAUUUUAAAUCCUAACGUGAAUAACUACGCCAUCUAUAAAGGUGAGGGUUAACUGCUCCAGUUAUCAUGAAUUUAUUUUGUAAAUAUCAAUUAAUUCUGAGAAAUAAAACUGUAAAUGUAGAAUAAAUUUAUUUGUCACUACGUUUUGUAGUUGGGCUUCGUGCCCCCAUCCUGAAUGGUUGGUGACAUUGUAGUUUAUCUUGAAUUUAACACUCAAGCGUUGGAUAACUAAAAAGGAGGUCAUUCUCGCAGCAAAAGAAAUCAAAUAAAGCAACCUCCUUUUUGGCAUUCAUGUUUAGAAAUGAGAAAAUAAGGCAAGUGUGUCACUGUGAGAAUCGUUAAGGCUCACAGUUGGGCCUUCAGCCCCCAACCUAAGGGACCAUCCAAAAAGACAGAUGUUUUCUUAAUUACUAGUAAACAUCAGUUGAUCAUCCUCUGAACAAACUCACAUUUUGAAAUUGCACAACAUAAUUCAAUACUGGAUUUGGCAUCUUAUACUUUAUUUCUUCACAUUUGAAAAAUCUAGAGUUUAUAACUUUUUGGAUGGUCCUUAUAUUAAGAGGCUGUUACGUUAUAUGAAAAUCUAGAUUUUGUCCAGGAUAAGAAACAAGUAUAGUUAUAAACAUUAAACUAACGAUUAAAAUGUGUUUCAGAAAUUUUACAAAAAGCCUAAAGGUUGGUGACUUUAAAAAAGUUUAGCAUACCUCUCAGCCAAAGCACAAUGAAUUAGAAAAAAUUGUUUUGCUAUUUUAUUUGAUUUACGUGACAUCAAAUCUAAAUAUAAUUUAAAUUGAUCAGGUUGUGUUACAGCCGGACAUAUACCGUUUACACAUAUUUUAAUGCUCCAACAUAAUGAUGGCAAGUGCUCGUCUUUACAAGGAAAGUGACCGUUAAAGCAAGGAAACUGCUUGUUAUAUCACAUAAUGCAGGCAAGUGCUCGUCACUUCAAGACAUUAGUCUUGUAGUUGGGCAAAUGCCCCCAACCAUAAGUAUACACAGCUUCUUUAUGAAUUUAAAAAGUAAUUUUGUAAGUUUGGAAAUAUUUGGAAAAUGUUGAAAACGGAUCUGAUGGAGAAAGUUUAGUAUAACAUAAUACCUUGCUUUCUUUGUUUGAAUUCAUAGUAGUAAUC